AAAAUGGCGACUUCCUUCUUGAAAAGAGUUAGAUGAUGGCUGCGACUACAGAUUAGAUAUCCGUUAGUUCUUGCUCGAGCAUGGUGCUUAGUAGGAGAUCGCCUGGGAAGAUGGUCUCCUGGAUUCCAGUUUCUCACGUAUUACUUGUGGCUGUACUUUUGCUGACCGGCAUGGCUAGUCCGGUGGCCUCAGUAGCCAAAGAGAGUAAAGGAUGUGACGGAGGAGGGUGUGGUAAAGCCGGGCAGUCGAUUCAAAUACCAUGUCUGGAUCAAGCAUACAAGGCAAUCUCUACCGUUGAGUGGGAGGACAGAGACAAAAAAACUAUUGGCAAAUGGAUCUCCAGUCAAGGGAUGACUAUGCAGCCAGAAUUUUCGACACGCUUUAGAAUAAGUGAACAGGAUUAUAGUUUGACUAUAUCUGAUUUGAGGGUUGAUGACUCUGGCACAUACACGUGUCGUAUGUCCCGCAUGAAUGAGACAAUUGAUGUGCAGAAGGCGCAGGUUAUAACCAUUAAAGAUAAACCUAGUCCUCCCCUUGAUGUGUCCCUGAAAGCCGUAAGUGCAGACGCAGUCCUGGCGACAUGGAAAGCCCCUCUGAAAGAAAACAACAGCAAUGUCACUCGCUAUGUUGUCCGACUUAUAGAAAAUAAACAUGAUUGGAACACAGCAUCAGAGUAUAGAGUCUUUGGUUCGCAGAAUCCACCAACGUCUAGUCGCUUGGCAAAUUUGAAGCCAUACAAGGAAUACGUGGCCCAGGUUUUAGCUGUGAAUGACAUAGGUUCCAGUGAACCAAGUGUUGACUCGAAUGUCGUAAGGACUCACGAAGCUAAACCUGAGCGUCCACCCACCAUCAACAAAACGUACAACAUCAGUAGCACCUCCAUUGGUAUCUCCUGGAGUCCUCCUGCCAAGGAUCACAUCAACGGUGUCCUCACCGGCUACAACAUCUCAUAUUUUGUGGACAGGAAAGUCAUCCAGCAGAUCCCACCUCCACCGCCCCCCAACCAUAUAGUGGUAAAUGGUUCUAUUGAUAAACGCUCUGAGUCGUUCAAUCUGACAGGUCUUCAACCGUUCAAGAACUACACUAUUUUUGUGUCUGUGUUAAAUAAAGCUGGUGAAGGGCCUUCCGCACCUGUAAGGGUACAAACAGAUGAAGGGGUCCCUACGAAACCUCGUAUCAUUGAUGCCACGGACCAAACCAGCUCGAGCUUGAAGGUCAAGUGGGAGCGGCCAAAUGUUGCUAAUGGUAUCAUUGUCAAGUAUGAGGUGUUCUGGAGCCACAGCGGCAAGAAUGACUCACGGACUAUCACUGGUGACGAUAAGCUGGAGACAAUCAUUUAUCAUUUAGAGGCAUAUACACUGUACCAGCUCAUUGUUGCUGCCUACACGAGGAAAGGCAUGGGGGAAAAGAGCACAUCAUUCCAAGCAUUGUCUGAUGUGAAAGGUCCGAGUAAACCGCUGAAUGUCAGUAUUAGUGACAACGACACAAGUAUUGAGAUUAGCUGGAAGAGACCGGAGAAGUUCUGUAAACAGAUUGACAAGUAUUACAUCACCCUGCAAGCUGAUACAAGCACCGAUGAAGGCCUCCUUGAGAAUGAACAUACCCUUGACCAACCUGACUUGGUGGCUAGAGAAAAUCUCAAUUAUUAUAUUGAUGAUCUUCGCCCAGGUACUGAGUACACAGUAAAGAUCUGUGGCGCCACUACCAGUCUCUUCCAUGACAAGAGGGAUUAUAAAGGUGCCUACUCUGAUCCUGCUAAGAUUGUCAUCAGAGGGGGCCAGGGCAACAAGGAUAACAGUCGUUUUACUGCUGGUGUUGUUGGCGGUAUUGUCACUAUCCUCAUCCUACUCAUCAUAGCUGUGGUGCUGUUUAUUGUUUACCGACGGUAUAAGGUCUACCGGUAUCUGGAUCAACGGGAUCCAGAGAUACAACCCACCCCUGCAGUCAUUCUAGAUGAUUAUGCAAAAUCAGAAAAUAUAGGAGAUCCCAAUGAGAGCCAUACAGUGACAGUAGCAGACUUUUCUGAUCAUGUGACAGAACUUCACAGAGACAGUGACCUUGGCUUCUCGCAGGAAUUUGAGGAAAUAUUCCGUAAUACAAGGACUGACCUAACAUUCGAUCAUUCCAUGGACCCGGAGAACAAACACAAAAACAGAUAUGUCAAUAUCAAUGCAUAUGACCACAGUCGAUGCAUUUUGCGACAAGUAUCUGGCAAACAAAAACACAUGGACUAUAUCAAUGCUAACUUUGUGGACGGCUACCACAAGAACCGAGCAUACAUCGCUACUCAGGGUCCCCUGCCGUCGACGAUUGCCGACUUCUGGCGAAUGGUCUGGGAGCAGAACUCUAGUGUCAUUGUUAUGAUAACAAACCUCGUUGAGAAGGGAAGGGUGAAGUGUGACCAGUACUGGCCAAAUGAAGGGACAGAGACCUAUGGCCUAUUCCAAGUCAAGUUACUUAAUACCCACACCAUGGCACACUACACGGUGCGGGUGUUCACCAUCCGUCACUGCAAGGCACGGAGAGUCAAUGUGCAAAGGACCUCCGGGCCUAACAAGCGCCACCACCAGGGGGAGCGUCUAGUCUACCAGUACCAUUACACAGAUUGGCCCGAUCAUGGCGUCCCUGAUUACACUCUGCCAGUGUUGACACUUGUCAGGAAAUCCUCGCAAAUGGCAUCAACAUCAGAGUCUGGGCCUAUCAUCAUACACUGCAGUGCUGGUGUUGGUAGGACGGGAACAUAUAUCGUCCUCGACAGUAUGAUGAAACAGAUCAAAGACAAGGAAACAGUGAAUGUGUUUGGCUUCCUGCAGCAUAUUCGCAACCAGAGGAAUUUCUUGGUACAGACAGAGGAGCAGUACAUUUUCAUCCAUGACGCGCUACUUGAAUUUAUAAAGAGUGGUGGUGAGACUGAGAUUAAGGCUCCAAACUUACAGGAUUACAUUACCAAGAUCACCACUCUUCCUGAGGGUGAGGAGGAAACAGAACUAACCAAACAGUUCAAGCUCAUUACUAACUACAGGCCAGCACAAUAUGAGCUCACAUUUGCCCAGAAGUCGGUCAACUCACCAAAGAACCGUUCUCAAAACCUUGUGCCAGUCAAUUCCAAGAGGGUCAUCUUACCUGCUCAACCCGGUGUGGAUGGUUCCGACUACAUCAAUGCUUCCUAUCUACAUGGUUAUAAUGACAAGAAGGAGUACAUUGUGACGCAGCAUCCUCUGGUGGAAACGCAGCAAGACUUCUGGCGCAUGGUCUGGGACCAAAACUCAAAUACUGUGGUGCUACUCUCAACAGUCGAGGAGAAGGAAUAUGAUCAAUUCUGGCCGAAGGCAGAUGAACCACUGGACUGCCACAAUUUCAACGUGUGCUUGACCGAGGAGCAUCAUCACAUUAGUCAAACUGCCAGAGAUUUCAUGUUGGAGUCGAAACAAGAUGACUACGAAUUAAUGAUACGUAUAAUCUCUUGUUGUGAAUGGCCCAAGAAUUGUGAACCGGUGAACACAGCGUUUGAGUUGGUGAAGUCAGUCAAGACGUGGUACAGCGAUCAUCAUUCUGGGCCAAUUGUUGUGAUAGACAAACUUGGAGGGGCAGCAGCGGCCACAUUCUGUGCUCUGAGCACAUUAUAUGAUGAGUUUCAGCAGGAUGACGUGGUGGAUGUGUAUCAGUUAGCGAGGCUCUAUUACCUUCAGAGACAGGGCAUCUUCAAUGAAGAGGGAGAGUAUGAGUUUUUGUACAAGGCCAUUGCAAGUAUCAGCCACGACCCGCCGGAAAGGAAAGAUUCAUUCUCGUCCGGCAACAAUCAGACCGUUACGAAUUCCAUUCACAAUUCUCAUUCACAUAACCAACACCUUCAUGUUCAUGGCGGCUCGGUACAUUUACGUGACAAGAAGGGCGAAAGACCACCGAGACCCGAGACGACAAUAUAAAAAAAACACCAAGUGUUUUAAAUUGACUGAAACUUUGAAGGGCUGGGGAUAGUUCUGAGAUCGCUAUGAAGCGGUAAAAGCUACUGAAGUGUUUGAACCGAGCAUUGAGCUUGCAGCUAUUUUUUGUUAAUAUUUUCAUCUGAAAUGAAUUUGGUAAUGCACUGCUGGCUUGUCACCUUCCUGAUAUUUUAUUUCUCGGGUGCAUUUGGGAUAAAUGGUCAAUUUGUGUUUUGAACAAACUUGAAUCGGAAGAACUGGAAGAAGGACAAUGGAACUGUCAGCUACCUGGAUGAGUCCUCACUUGAACCCAGGGUUCGAGAGUUGAGCCUUUAAACGAGCCUCUCUAUAAGGUGCAUCAAAAGUUUAAGAAAUAACCAUGCUCUUGGAUACCCUGUGUCUAACAAAGAGUAUAUAACUGUAAUACUCAGCUUAAUCAACUUUGAGUUAUAUCUUGUCUUUGCACAUGAUUUAGUGUUCAGUACGAUAGAGCAGCACCAACAAUUUUAGCCUCUUGAAAGUUGAUUGAAGCUAAUAUGCUGUCUCAUUUUGCUGAAGUAUCUGCUUCGGGCAGUUACGAUGUGCUUCUGAAAGUUAAUAUUUUUUUAAGACAGUUUUUACUGAACUGAUGCUAUUUGUUAGUUGACCUUGUCUUUUUUGUGAAUUUUGGAUAAAUGUGCUGGUAUUUGAGGUGUGUCAGUGCUUACAUUUGUAAGUUACGAAUAAUACUCAAGUAAGCCCUGAAGUUAUGUUACUAAAUUUAAAUCUGCAUUUCCAUGGCAUGUAAGAAACUACACUGAUCUCUGGGGAGUUGCAAUGUAAACAAAUAGUGUCCUUUUAUUACGUGUGCAGUGUAUAACUCCAUACAUAAUUGAUUGAUUGAUUCAGUCACAUCUUGAUUUCUGGUUGCAUGUAUCAGAAAAAAACUCUGAUAUGAAAUAUGAAAUGAAUAUACCAAGACGUACUUUUGUGGUAGUUACAAUUAUUUCGAAAUCCUUUUGAUAGUCGGAUAAUAAGUAGUUUUACUGAAAGAAACUUGGUUGAAAUUACUGUGGAAAUGGUGAUUGAAUAUGGUUUGGCAAAGCAAAUGUGAUGGUACAUGUAUGUUGCAAUGGCUUGCCUUCGGUACUGUUGAAAGCUUUGCCUACAUCCCAAGGACACUGUUAGGAAACCACCAUACCUUUUGCCCAAGGGCAGAAUAAGGAGGUCUAAGCUGACUGUUGCAGAAUGCAGAAUUCACCCGCUAUCUCGACAUGUAGUUGUGAAAGCAUUGUUUUGUUGACUUCUCUUAGUGUUUUCCACCAGGAAGUGUGUCAGUUUACACUUUACAGAAAUUACAGAACAAAAAACAGAAAUUAUAAAUCCUUGUGGUUCGCAUAGCUCCAAUCAAGAAAAACCUAAUUGCAAUGAAAUCCGACCAGUAGUUUGCCCUCCAGAACUCAAAACGUUAGGGACAAAGAAUAUAACAAUGGACUGUUGUAUCUAAUUCUAGCAAAUGUGUAUGUCUGGUUACGUGUUAAGACAUGUUGAUACCAAAGAGAUGUGUACCAUAUCUAUUCUGUUUUUCUCUUCCUCUUAGUACAUUUCCCAGCUGUAGUUUAAUAAGUGCAGUUUCCCAUUGCAAGUCCAUCUCAUUAUGUUAGGGUGCGAGUUGGUAAUGCUAAUGUUUGCAUCACUUCAUGUAGACGCAUAUGUAUAUGUUACCUUUGUGUUCAUAAGCUGUCAGGUUCCAAGCCUUCAGGGUAAUAGGUUUACGAAGUUCUAGUCAAGGAUAAACUCGAACCAAUCACCUUCCCAAACCGUUAAAACAUUGGCCAGAAUGUUUUUAGCACUACUGUUGGCUGUCAUCAUUCAGAAUUUAAUUAAAUUUAAGGCAUACUGUCUUGAAAUGUCUUUAUCUUCACGAAGCCAAAGAUCACUAUAUUGUCUUGGUGUGUUAUUUCUUGUCACAAUUGGAGUUAUCACAAGUUAUCCUAGAGAAAAAGAAUUCACUUUUGAAUGUAUAAUGAGAACAGACAAUCCGAACCAGGUUACUUGGAGUGGUUUUUGUGUGUCAUUAAAGGCUUCUUUGCGGUGUCUUUUUCGAAAGGCUCAUUUUGCAUCAAGGGUUGGGUCUUUUUAAACGUCAAUUUCCCAAGUCAAAAUUCUGUCUGUCUCUUCAAAUUUUCAUUGUAUGAAACGGCAUUAAAAAAUAUUGCUUUUUGUUCUACGUGUACAUCCUGCAGAUGAAACUACAUGACUCAUUUCUUUCAUGACAUAGUAUUAUACCUAGUUGGGUACUUGCCUUGUAUUCUAUAUAACUUGUUUCUUUAUAUUUUGGAUGUAAACCUCACUAUUUAGCUAUUCGUAAAAGAGGGAGCAGUACUGUCAAAAUAUUCAGUCAGCAAUCAUGUUGUAAUCUUGCUGACUCGUAGAGUCUACUAAAAGGUACUCUUAUUGCGAGACAUCCUUGGUGGUUUGGGAUGUAUCAUCCACACCAAAGGCUGCGGCUUGUUGUGUUUUUUGUACCAGGUGUUAAUAUAUGCAAUGCAUAUGUUGCAUAAUUAUGAUUUCUAGGUAAGAUUGUCGCACCCCUGGUGGUCGCGAGGCAAUCCAAGUUAUGCCUCUUUUGUGCUGACAUAAAAGUUCCUUGAUCUGUGCAGACCUAUAAAUUUGUUGCAGUGACAUGCAAUCUGCAGCUAGCUUAAAUCUGCAGAAAAAUUGGUUGUUGUCACAACAUGAAACAAACUCAAGUCUGCUUAAUCAUCGAAUGUGAAUCUUGAAUGGUAGGCCUAUGCCAUUCAUAAUUACUGGUGGUCCAGGAAAAAAGAAAUGCAGUUACACCAAUAACAUGUAUUAUGCAUUCGCAUUUGCUGAAAGUAGGUAUUUAUAGUAUUUGUAUAUCUGUCUACCCAACGGCAAUGCCGAAAUUUAUAUUCCUUAUAUAAUAACACAAUUGUAAAUUCAAAUUCUAUGACAAAUUUCAAAUGUUUAACAAAUGGCAUUAGGCUUUAAUAAGAUGUCAUCUUGCAUGCAGUUUAUCAUCUCAUGCAGACUAGCGAGAUUAUUUACAAAAUAUUGCAUGUUGCUGCCAACAAAAAUCAUUAAUCUGCACCUGUCUUUAUUCAUCAUUUAUAAAGUGUUUUUUCAAUCAUGAAAUAUUUUUUGGUAUAUCAUCAUCAUUGACAGAAACUCAUUAGAAUCAGUCAUAAGAAUUGGUCAUAUAUAGUGAGAUUAUGGCAACAAGUUUUCAUGCAUACACAAUUAAGGAAAUGUUCUAUUUGUGCAUAUAAAUGUGCUUUUUUCACAUAUUUCACAUUUCAAAAAUGGACAUUGCCAAAUUGUGUUCUAGUGUCCAAUUCAAGUGUACAUGUUGGUUUUGGAGAUGUGUGUGAUUUUUUUUACAGCGUCUUGAAGUAUGGUUAAUUUUCUGGUCAGCAGGGCCGGAAUUAGAUACUUUCAGACAAGUUUGAAAUCUAAUUUGUUGAUGGCAUCGAUCUAAAAGAUUUGCGUUGGAUUUUACUAGAAAGAUUUUGAACUUGGCAAUUGAGCCUCUGCUUGAGCUGAGAAAAGUAUAUUCUUAUGAACCUAUUUCAACCAUUUUCUCUGCAUCUAUUUGGCUCCCAGCUAUGUUUUUUUAUUAAUUCAGUUUUUACUGUAGAAAUGAAUUUCGAUUUGUCGUGCAUAAAGAAUUUGUGGCUCCUUUUUUUGCUCACCGUAGGGGAGUCUAUACAAUAUCCCAUUGUCCACUGUCGUCGUCCAUAUCUUGUUUCAAAAACAGUGGCACGUUUCUUAGCCUCUAGGGCUAUGAACUUAAAACUUUGUACACAGGACCCCCCCCCCCUGGUCAAAUGACCUCAGACAGUGAAUGUUGGUCUGAUCUGAUUCUUUACUUGGCCACCAGGGGGCCAAAAGUCAAAACCUAAAAAGUGUGAUAUCUCGCGUAUGUUUUCCAGAAAAUUUCAUGGCUGGUUCUCCUAGCAAGGAUACACCACAUUAUACAGGUUUUUGUUUUGACCUACUUUUCAAGUUCACAGAGCCCAAAUUGUCAGUGGCACGUUUCUUAACCGCUAAAGCUAACAACUUGAAACUUGGUACACAGGACCCUCUAGGUCAGAUAACCCCCGACACUGAAUUUCGGUCUAUCAUGGGUACAUGUACAUCUAACCACCACAUACAUUAUUAUAUGUCACAUGGGUUUUUAAUUUGACUUACUUUUCUUGGUCACAGGUCAAAUGUCAUACAAUUUCCAUUAUAUUAUAGCAUGUUUCUUAAACCAGCAUUGAAUCUUAACCACCAAAUAUCUAUACAGUGAGCACAAUGGCCCCUGGCCUUUUCAUUUAUUCCUGAAAGAUACAUUUUACAUUGUGAAGUGGAGUCAUGGUUUAUUUGCGGUAAACAUGGGUUGAGUUAGUUAAAAAUCAAAUGCAUGAGGCAGUUAUUGCAAUACACUGCUACGACACAAUUAAUCAAUGAAUUUGUCAUCUGUAACAUUAAUCAACCUUGUUGAUUAUAAGCUGCUGCCGUCUGUCUCUCGUUCCAAUUUCCUGCUGACCAUGAGUUUUGAGUUGGUUUUCUCAGACUGUAUAAACUUGAUUCCCUGUACCUGUACAUUGAUAAAUGACUGUUGUCUGCUUCUGCUUUGCUAUCAUUGGUGCAUUAAAACUCAUCUUGGACAGAAUAGAAAUUUGUUCAACACUUUGGGUGCCAGCUAUGCAGGUCUACGUCUAUCUGUGCCCAGUGACGUACGUCUACAUCGUCGAACAUGGGAGUCCCGUCGACUGGGCUAUUUCCUUUUUGGAAUGAUGUUAACUACACACACUCCAUCUGACGGGCUGGCCAUAAAUUGAAGCAGUUUUGCUGCUUUUGCCCUCUGUUCAGUGUUGCGUCUUGGGGAGGGGCAGGGUGAUCUGGGGGUGGGAAAAAGGCUUUCUGAUGAAAAUCGACCCUUUUUAACUUUAAACUCUGAAAUUAUGAUUUGAGGCAUAUGUAAAGUGUUUGUCUCAGUUGGGUUAUGUUCUUGGAGAAUCUAAUGCAGAAAACUUCAGGUAAUUAUUUCUUAUGGAAUCGUUUUUAGUGGGUGGCGGAAAGUGGUAAAAUGCGGGCACUUUAGAGGAUGUGUAUUCAAAAGUUCUGGGCACCCAAGGUGUUAACAAGACAAAGAUUUUUUUAUAAUUUCACAAAACCUUGGUUUGAACAUUUUUACACAAUUACUUACUACAUGACAGCUCCGUAUUCCAGAGUCGCAUGGGAUAAGACUGUGCAAAAAACAGUCCAUAUAUCGCAAUUUCACCAGCAAACAGGUGUUGACCUGUCAAUGAACAAUAAUUGGUCCUGGCGAAAUCAUGAAAUGCUACAUAUUGAUAAGGCUUGUCGCCUUAUCAGUGUGUAGUAUGGAAAAAAGAUUUGCAAAUCCAUGUUGCUAUCGACUUGGGCUUUAAUUUGAUAAAUGGCAAUGGCACCUGUUGUGAGUCCCUGUGAGUGCCGCUGCAACAACUGGAAAUCGUUGACUUACUGCAAGAAAUUCUAGAUUUUAAGGAGAUCACAAUUUUUUUACAUGGCCAGUUCAUUGUAAACAGUCAGGAUUUCAAGGUAUGAUUUUGAUGUAUGAAAUAAAGCUAUAUUUUGCUCAUUAUUGAAUGUCUGAAACAAAAGAGCUUUAGUUUUGAGGUUAAACAAUGUAAUAUAUGAAUUCAAUAUUGAAUACAGAAAAUUUAACUGUUUCACAUGUUUCAGUUGGAAUGAGGUCAAGUUUUGUUCAAAAGAUCACAUAUCGAUUAGAUUAACACUUUCACGGCCCGACAUAUUUUGGCUACAAGACGUCCAGGGCCACAUUUAAAGUAUUUAUUUGCCGUGCCAGUUCUCACAUAAGCAGCAACUAGACUGUUAGUUUCGCAGGUAAAAUCUGGGUAAUUUAUGGUAAAAUCUUGGUAAUUUCAAGCAAUCUCCACUCGUAAAGAUACUGUGGCACUUGUUGCAGGUGAUUAAAAUAGCCAUAUUAAGCAAAUUUCGGUGCAUGAAAUCUUACAUAAAUAAAGAGAAUUAAGCUUCAAUAAUUGUCAUCUAAUCGACCAUUUUAGCAUUGGUGGUGUUUUGCCCCCUAAUUCAACCCCUUUGAUGAUAAAUAGUUCUAGUAAAGUUAUAUAUACCCCUGAAUUUUUGUUGCAUAAGCAUUAACAUUUCUUUAAAUAUCGGCUUUUUCAAGUAGCCUAUAUAAAGAAUUUCACCCACUGUUGUUUGGGGUACCAGGGGAAAAAUUGAUUCUGCUGAAUUUCACCCAUAACCCUUCUUCAGAAUUACUUAAGAUUACUUCUGAAAUGUGUAUGAUAGGUUGGAAAGUUGCAAGUUAAAAAUGAAAUUGCAACAAUCCGUUUCUUUGCCAAGUUAUGCAGAGCUGUGCUUAUUUGUACACUUUGGGUGUAAAAUGUACACUUUUGGUGGCGUUUUAGUGAUUCUAUAAAUCAUGUACUCUACAAUUUUAUUGGAUUAUCUCUGAAAAACAAGCAAUAUCUUGAAAAAUAACCAAGUUGUACACCUUUUGUUGCAGUUUUUAAAACACGUUUUAUGUCCAACAUUGGGUACUUGUGAACCUGUUGAGUUUAUAUCUUCAUAGAAGACAACAUACAUGUAGCAGUAGAAGUAGAAGUUUGCUGUGGACAUAUCUGUGGUUCUCAGUUAGAAUUACCAAUAGAUGUGUUUCUUCUUGUACCAGGUUAUGGUCACUCAUAAACAGUCUAAGAACGCCUAACGACGCCUAAUGGGGGUAAUGAAAGUGUAUUACAUCCCAUCAUCUUGUUUUAUUGGUGCUAUACUUAAAUGUACUUUUUGCAUUUUGCAGAAUUUAGGAAAAUUAGGCCCCUGUUCAAAGUUUGUUUCAUGUUCUGUAGUUUGGUGUUGAUUAUUCUCAGUUUUAAAUGCUCAAACUCCCCUUUACUGCCAGUGUAUUUCUUACCUUGUAUGUAGGGCUUGUUGAAGAAGAUACUUUUAAUAUUUGAACACUAGUGCAUCAAGUUUACUAUUGGAGCCAGUAAAAUAGACUUGCCAGGCUGUAUCGUGACAUAACAAAUUGUGGGAUAAGAGGAAUCAAUGGUGAGAAGUACUUUCAGCCGAUACAAUUUCUUACACCAAGAGUAUAGGCAAGUCUUCUCUGGCCUAAUAGGUCAAAUUGAUUUGACAAACUAGUUUGUUUUCCAACAGAAACAAUUGACCACUUUAGUGAAAAAACGCACAAGUUACAUUUGGAAUGUUUUUUAUGUUCUUCAGAUAUACUGUCCAAAAUCAAAAUUUGAUUUUCCUGCAUUAGGAUGUUCUUAACCCUUUUGAUGCCAGUCAGGUUUGAGCUGAAUUCCACCAGGCCACAUAUGGGCGAAUUUAUCUGCCUGCUCCUCGGCCAUUGGAUGUAGAUUCUGCUGCUUUUAGGCCAGAGAGGUAUUGACAUGAUAUAACAAGAAUAUUAUAACAUUUAACCCUUUCGCUGUUAGGCAUAAUUACACCGCCAUUGCUGAGCCCCGAACGACCAGCCGCCAUGAUUCUAUCGUCUGCUGUGACGUCAUCCACGAGGUGGGAAACCCUGAUAACCUAUUCUGUCAAGCAGAUUAGUUUCGUUGCAUAAAUGUAGAUGGCAGAGCGAUCAGUCUUCUGCUAAAGCUUUAUUUGGGGACGGUCUGAAACUGCUGAAUUUUGGUGGUCUUGGCAAUCACGCAUCGAAAGGGUUAAUGCAAGUUCAUAUAUUAAAUUUAAACCUCGGGAAGAAAAAUUUUUUAAAUUUUACAUGGACGAAGAAUUGACAGAUGUCAUUACUUGCUGAGUGCAGUCAUGGCCGAACCCCUAGCAUGUUAAUAGAAUCAGUUGCAAGUGUGGUUUAUCUAAAUAUAGUCGAAUGACACUCUGGCAGAGGCGUAGUGGGAAUAGUCCUGCGUUGAGGUCUCUGCAGUCUUUAAAUGUAUAUUGUGUAAAAACUUGGAUGUAAAUGUAUGAUCUGUUUUGUAAAUUUGUGUCGUAUGUGGCAGGGCUGGACAUAAGAAAUAAAGAAACAAAGAAACAUUUGGGGCAUGAGGCCAAACAAAGGACCAUUUAUAGGCAGAUGGUCUCAAUGCCUUAGCUUUUGUCUAGCCCUGAUGUUGUGAAUGUGACCCUGUUAAGGUGACAGUUGCAAAAAAUAGAAAAUUGAGAUUCAAGUGUACAUUUUUUUACUUUGAACGAAUGACCUGCUGAAUAUAUUAUGUACGUGCAUAUUUACUUCUGUUUAUGAGCAUGAUUUUUAUUGUGUCAGUCAUAUAAGGCGUAUAGACCUUAGCAUUGUAUUGGUACAUGAAACGAACAUGAAACAAAUCAAAAUAAUUUCAUGCAGUAUAUUUACAUGCAACAUAGUAUAUAUAACGCUUAAAUCUCAUUUUCUUUUUUUCGGACACACAAUAAUUGCAAAUCUAUAGCUGGAGAUUAUAUUUUGAUAAACAGCCGCCAUGGCCGAAGUGCAGUAUACCCUAAUUGAUUGAAAGAGUGAACCUAAAGACAGUGGUUCUGCAUACUAUCCCAAAUAGUCAGCUCACUGUCUUGUGAAAUCUAAUUGAUAUCAACUCAAUUGUAAUAUUAAUAAUGUUUUUAAAUCCAACGUUAAUUGGAAUUUGGAGUGGAAAAUACAUAUUGUACACCACUUUUAUAAUGUGCGUGGCUAGGAAAUUGGCAAGUGCUCUCAUAGAGGAUGACUUCUCUGGGUGUUAGAUGUGAAAUUUUCUCAUCUCUGUGCAGAUUCCUGGUCAUCUUUGGUUGUGUGAUUACUGUUGUCAAUAGUGGUGUUUUUUUACAGUAUGUGUAGGUGCAAAGCACAGUUUCGAGUACUAUGGGCAGACUUUAAGGGAUUCCUCACUUUUGUCGAUUUCUUUGAUUUUCUGUUAUGCCUUUCUGAAAAUGUGGCGCAGAGGUUUAUAGAAGUACAGUGUACAAUAUUCAUAAGUACAAUGUACCCUUAUCAAUUAUCAUUAAUAUUUUGGCCAAUGUGCCUCAUAAUAUUUAGAACAUCUCUUAUUUAUAAGUUGUCCUAUUUUCAAUUGUGGAUUGCAGUAUUGUAAUAAUACACCUCACAAUCUUCAUUUAGGUACUUCCCCAGCAGGUAAUAAAUGCCAGUGAAAUGUGGAAGAGUGAGAAAUCCCUUCAAGUGAGCUCUAUAACUCUAUGUUGGCACUGAACACAUCAAUAUGUUAAAAGAAUGGAUUUUUCAAAUAACCAGUCUUUGUUUGAUGGGGAAGAUUUAUUUUUCAUUUUUAUCAUGAAACCUUUUGUAUGAUCAACCAAGUAAUAUUAUUUGUACAUAAUUAUUCAAUGUGGAACCUGUAUAAAUCAUGUAAU